AUGGUCGUCGGAAGUAGAUCUCUGGUGACAUGCGUUGCAUUGGCGGUGAUUGUACUAACUGGCACGUUAGACACCUCAGAUGCCGCCAAAAUUCUUGCCGUGUUUCCAAGUAUCAGCAAGACAAAUUAUAUCUUCGGCCAGGUGCUGUUCGAGGCACUCGCUGCAAGAGGCCACAAUCUAACUAUUGUAAGUCCUUUUGAGAUCCAGUAUGCGUACGAGAACAUUCGACAGCUGAGGAUAACUGGACUGUUUAGCCAUAUUGAGGAUUAUGGACUGCAUGCCAACGUGUUUACCAAGCGAGAUAAAUCAAGCUUCUAUGGCAAUACCAAUCUCAUCUACGGUACCGCAGCAAUGGCCGACUAUACGCUCGGCCAUCCGAAGCUGCAAGAGCUGCUGAAGAACCCAAAUGAGACCUUUGACCUGGUAAUCCUGGAUCAGGUGUUGUGUGAAAGUUUACUCGGGCUGGCUUAUCAUUACGGUGUGCCGGCGAUUGUGUACAGCGCGGCUGCCUCCAAUAAGUACACCAACGAGAUGGUGGGGAAUCCGCACAAUCCAGCCUACAAUCCCAUCCCCUCGCUGGGGUACUCCGAUCGAAUGCAUUUGGUGCAGCGAGUGUGGAAUACAUUCGUCUCCAUCUGUGAGCAGUUUAACUACCGGUAUCUGUAUUUACCCUCACAAGAAGCCGUCUACCAACGGUAUUUUUCGCGACGGAAUCAACCACCACUGCUAGAUCUCAUCCACAACGUAAGCUUGGUGAUGGUCAACAGUCAUCCGGUGAUUAACUUUGCCCGUCCGUUCGUACCGAACAUGAUCGAAAUCGGUGGAGCACACAUCAGACAGCUCGAGGAUACGGGCUUCUCGCAGGAUGUGAUCAAUUGGGUAGAAAAGGCCAGGAACGGUGUCGUCUACUUCAGCAUGGGCACCAACAUUCGAUCGGCCGAUUUUCCCGACAGCUUGCGGGAAGCGUUCGUGGGCGCAUUCAGCAAGCUUAGCCAGGUGCUGAUUAUCUGGAAGUGGGAGAAUGCAACGCUACCGAAUCAGUCGGACAAUGUGAUCAUUGGACCGUGGAUGCCGCAACAACAACUGCUCGCCCAUCCAAAUGUCCGACUGCACAUUACGCACGGUGGAUUGCUUAGCAUGAUGGAGACAGUGCACUACGGUAAACCGAUCUUGGGUUUACCCUUGGUAGGAGAUCAAGAGAUCCUUGUGAACCGUGCGGUAGAGGCCGGUUAUGGCAUAAAGCUUGAUUAUCAAAAUAUUACCGAAGAAGGUGUACUGGUUGCGAUUAAUCAAAUUCUCAACGAACCAGACUUCCGCAACGCAGCAAUGAAAGCAUCCCGACAGUUUCGUGAACAACCGCUAGAACCUAUGCACAAAGUCCUUUAUUAUGUUGACUACGUGCUAAAGAAGGACAGUGGCAUCGAUUACAUGCGCAGUGGAGCACUGUAUCUAUCGUUUUGGCCCCGACACGUUGUGGACGUUGCCACCAUACUGGUGCUAAUCACCAUGAUUCCGGUGGGAUUGUUCGCCACGCUGAUUCAGAUCAUUCUGCGAAAAACACACCAGCGAAAAUUGAAAAAUGUGUCCGGUGUGGGUAAAACCGUUGCAAAUGGAAAAUCGUUGGUAAAAGACGUAAAAAAGAAGCGCAACUGA